AUGGCUUCAUCAACUUCCUCCCAGAAAUCUCGACCUCUUUUCAUCCCACAUAAGCGCGCUCUUAUACCAUUACCAACCAAGGGGCAAAACCCCAAAGUAUACAAAAUCCUCAACCCUAGCGCCAUCCCCGCAGAGACGGGCAUCAAACAGUCAUACGAAGAGGCGACUCAAGAAAGAAAUAAGCCCACAAGUUCAGGCGGGCAUAAUAAAAGCACAAUUGAAGAUGAAGAAGACCAGCCCCCGCACUUUGAAGUCUCAUUCGCUAUGCCGCCACAGCCCUUCCUCGACCCACCAACAUGGGAAGCGAUGCUGAAACACAGCCGCGAGAGACUAGCACAGUCAAUAAAAGAUGAACCGGGCUUAGUGGCCGAUCAGGAAGAUGAAUCGGUCGAGCGAACGAGACAACGAGUGGAGCGCGAGACGGAGUAUGGGUCUAUGGCUAUUCGGGGCCGGUCAAGUGUACGUGGGCGUGGGAAGAGGGGAAAGGGGAGAGGAAAUGUCUACUGGGGUGGUAGGCGUUGA